CUUGACUGUCCAUAUCUCAUCCAUUUAUCAUGUGGCAGAGGUCACAGAAUGAUGGCACAGCUGGCAACUUAAUUAACUUCAGUCAAAUCACAUACAGUGCUCUUGAAUGGAGGUGAAGCUGCCUUCUGAAUAAUUUUUCAGAUUCAGAAAUUACGCAAGACUAUCCUUAAGAUGUUUCUUCGUGCAUCUAAGAAGGCAUUCUUCAUUCCACAGGGAAGCAAUGACUUCAGUAAGCUGGUGAGAUGCAUGCAAAAUGGUCCACCAAAGCAAAAGGAAAACCAGAAACCAGAAGAACCAAAUGUUCCCUCAGCUGCUGAUGUCGUCAUAAUAGGUGGAGGCUCUGCUGGAUGCAACCUACUUUAUCAGCUAGCAAAACGGGGAGUUGACACAGUGCUACUAGAACGCUCCAAAGUCACCUCUGGAACAACAUGGCAUUCAGCUGGUCUUGUUUGGAGCUUGCGUCCAAAUGAUGUUGAAAUUCAACUCUUGGCAGCAACUCGAAAUUUACUUGCAAAACUGGAAAUAGAGACUGGAUUUAAUCCUGGCUGGAUAAAUAAUGGUGGACUUUACAUAGCUCACAACAAGGAAAGACUGGAGGAAUAUAGACGUUUAGCUACAGUAGGCCACAGCUUUGGCAUUGAGUCCAGUAUACUGUCUGCAGAAGAAACAAAAAAGAUUUUUCCUCUGAUAAAUGAGAAAGUAGUACAUGGAAGUCUAUACUCUCCUGGUGAUGGGACUGUUGACCCGUCUAUGCUUUGUACAGCCCUUACACGAACUGCUGUACAAGCAGGUGCUAAGCUUAUAGAAAAUUGUCCUGUAACUAAGAUAUUGCGAGGGAAAAAUAACUUUGGAUCUAAAAAAGUUUCUGGAGUCAUCACACCAUAUGGGACAAUCAGAACUGACUGUGUGGUGAAUUGCAGUGGUGUUUGGUCACGAGAAAUUUCAUCUCUUGUUAAUCUACCAAUUCCACUGCUGCCAAUGAAACAUGCUUAUGUAGUAUCAGAGGGAAUAGAUGGUGUGAAGGGGCUACCAAAUGUUCGAGAUCAUGAUGGUUCUAUAUACUUUCGCAUACAAGGAAGUUCUCUCUGUAUGGGUGGUUAUGAAUCAAAUCCUGUCAUGUUGGACAAGGUAAAAGAAGAUUUUGAAUUUUCUUUAUAUGAGUUGGACUGGACAGUAUUCAGCUCUCAUGUAAGGGAAGCUGUUAACCUUGUACCUGUGUUUGAAACUGCUGGUAUUAAGAGUACAGUAUGUGGCCCAGAAAGCUUUACUCCUGAUCAUAAGCCAUUACUAGGUGAGGAUCCAAGGUUGCUGGGAUUUUACCAUAACUGUGGCUACAACUCAGCCGGAAUGAUGUUUGGAGGUGGUUGUGGAGAACAAAUGGCUCAGUGGAUUAUUAAUGGACGACCAGAGCUGCAUAUGUUCAGCUAUGACAUAAGACGCUUUCGAUCUGACCAGACUAAAGAUCAAGAAUGGAUAAGGGAAAGAAGUCAUGAGAGCUAUGUAAUGAAUUACAGUAUUGUAUUUCCAAAUGAUCAGCCUCUAGGUGGUAGGAACUUUCGAAAAGGCCCAUUGCAUGACGAGCUGCUUAAUGCAGGUGUUGUUUAUGAGGAGAAACAAGGAUGGGAGAGACCAGGGUACUUUUUGCAGAGUGGUAUAGCUCCCGUUCAGAAGUAUGAUUGGUUUGGCUCCUAUGGAUCAUCUAGAAAUCCAGAGACUCCUUAUGAAAGUCUGUUGCAAGGGGAUAGAACAUUUGGAUUCUCAAAGCACCAUCAUGCAAUUGGAGAGGAGUGCCUUGCCUGUAGGGAAGAUGUAGCUCUAUUUGACAUGUCAUACCUGGGUAAGCUUUAUCUGAGUGGUCCUGAUGCCCAGCUGGCUGCUGAUUGGUUAUUUUCUGCUGAUACCAGAAAGGAAGUAGGCCAGUCAGUGUUCACCUGUCUCCUUAAUCCUCAUGGUGGCGUGGAAGCUGAUGUCACUGUUAGUGCCAUUGAAACAGGAACUGGAGGUCAAGCAGACCCUAUUUUGAAGGGUAGAGGGUUCUACAUUAUUAGUGGAGGAGUCUCAGCAUAUCAUACAUGGGCUCACAUGAAUUCAAUUAUCAGCCUGAAGAAUUUCAAGGUAGCUCUCACUGAUCAUACAGACAAAAUGGGAGUACUUUCUGUACAAGGACCAAACAGUCGAGAACUGUUGCAGUGUAUUACCAACACUGACCUAUCAGACUCUGCAUUUCCUUACUCAACAACACAGCUGAUUCGGCUGGCAGGACAUCUUUGUCGAGCAUUCAGGAUUAGCUAUGUAGGUGAACUAGGCUGGGAAAUUCACAUACCAUGGGAAUCUUGUUUACCAAUUUAUAAAGCUAUUACAGAACAAGGAAAGAAGUAUGGUCUGCGACUGGCUGGAUUUAGAGCACUCAACUCCCUUGGCUGUGAAACUGGUUACCAUUUAUGGAAUUAUGACUUAAGGUCUGAUGACCUGCCUAUUGAAUGUGGCUUGGAUGAGACAUGCAGAGAUGAAGGAGAAUAUGUUGGUAAGGCUGCCCUUGAAGUGGAGAAGCGAAAAGGUUUAAGAAGACGAUUAACAUUUUUUCAACUGCAAGAGCAAAUUCCUGUGUGGGGACUUGAAACAGUAUGGAGAGACGGCCAAGUAGUGGGUUACCUUAGGAGAGGAGACUAUGGAUACGCACUAGGAGCAAGUAUUGGACAAGGCUAUGUGAGGCAUCCAGAUGGUCGCAAAAUUACUACAGAUUUUCUUCUAAAUGGUUUAUAUCAGAUUGAAAUAAUGGGGAAUCGAUAUGAUGCUGUUCCAUACAUAAAAAGCCCAUUUGACCCAGAAGGGAAAAGACUUCAAGGAAUUUAUGAUGAGCCAUUACCAAUAAGGCAAUAGCAUUAAGAAUAUUUAUGUAUAAAUAAACUGAGAGGAAGGAAAAUCACAGUCUCAAAAUGCAUUAUGUAAAGUAAAAUAUAUGGUUGCCUUGGUUGGUUAAAAUUAGAAGCACUUUGUGGCAAAAUGGACUGUACAGUACAAUUAUAUGUUUUUGGAACUUUCCAGUUGUCAACAUAGUAUGUGAAGUAAAAGAAAAAGAAUGUUCUUGGUGCCAGAACAGGAACUGACAUAUUUUUCACCAAGUUUUUGGUAACUGUACAGGAAAAGUUCAGUGUCUGCCAAUGGUUUAUUGUACAUUUCCCUUUACCAUUCUUUCAGUUAAUAGCAAUAUCAGGCUUCAUGCCAUUUUAUGUUUGUAACAAAGUGGAUAUAAAUGUCAACAAUAUAGUUCAAAUCCACAUAAAUUAAAAUGAAAUGGACUACAGAUAAUAUUUAUGUAAAUACAGUACCAAAAAUAUUAUAACCAAUUAUAAUUAGCAAUUAGUGAAACUUAUGAAGUCUGUGGAAAUAAUGACUCAGGAGACUGCUUUAUGGAUGGUAUUGGCAAAUGAAAAUGAGGGUGAUUAAAAGCAUUUCACUACUCAGAUACUAUAUUGCCAGAGAAGAAAAUCAAAACAGAUAGUCAAUGGGGCAUCUUGAUAAAUAAAUGUAAGUCAAACAAUAAAAGAUAUAAAGAAAAAAACAAGCAAUGAUCAAUUAAACAGUGGACCAGCAUUUAAGCU